CUAGGAGUCGCUAGGCUUGCACGCUUUUGUUUGCCUUUCACGCCCUCGGCGGAGGGAAAGGAAAGACCUUGCUAUUUAAGCACGCCGAGCCGUGUCUCCUCGACCCACCACCCUUCUCACUAGUCACUGCCACUCUUCGCAGUCUCUCUCUCGCCACAUCAUAUCGUCCCUGUUGCUGCUGAUUGAGCCAUGGAGACGGCGCAGGAGAGGGAGGUGCAGCUGCUGCAGGGGAGGCAGGCGUGGCCGUUCCACAUGAUGGGGAUGGGGAUGGCGGCGGCCGCUACAAACACCGGCUGCUUCGACGGCUACGGCGGCGGCGGCUACGGCUACGGCAGCAGCGGUGGCGACUGCUUCGUGCUCGGGUGGGAGCAGCCGCCGGCGCCGGCGCCCUUCGGCUGCUUCGGCCUCCUCGCCGCCGACGUCCACGACCUCUUCCCGCUCCUUGCAGGCAUGGAGACUCCGUUGCUGGCCGCCCCUCCUCCUCCGGCGCCGGCGCCGCACGACGCCGUCGCCGCAAUCCCCGGCGAGCUCGACGACCUCCUCCUGAAUUUCUGGGACGCGAGCAGCCACGACGGCGACGUGGGCGAGCAGCAGGACGCCUUCAAUUCCAGCUGCGUCACGCACGAGCAGACGACGACGACCACGACCUGCGCUGCUGCUGCCACCUCCACCAACUCCUUCUUCCACUGUGACUACGAUGACGGCGAUGAUCCCUUGAGCUCCAUCUUCUGCACCGGGCCCACGCCGCUGCCCGCGGAGAAAGCGGUAGUGUUCCAGCAGCAGGCCCCCGCGGCAGAGCCCCUCCUCAGCUCGUCCUCCUCCUCCGACUGCCGCGGCGGGGCCCAGACGCAAGUGCAGGGCGCCGCGGCCACGCCGAGCGCGUCGCGGGCGCGGACCCCGCCGCUGCCGAGGAGCUCCACCUCCUCCACCCCGUCGCUGAAACGCGCGACACGCGAAGCAGGGUCGUCGUCGGACCAGGCGGCGGUGGCGGAGUGCAGCGGGAGCGAGAGCAGCAAGCGGCGGAGGACGGAAGCGCCGGCGUCGUCGUCCGCGCGGGUGCUGUGCCCGUUCGCGCUGCUGAAGCCCGACGGGCUGGACGGCGGCGCGACGCUGGCGGACAUCAACGCGCGCAUCCUGAUGCGGCCGUCGCGCCCCGUCCGGCACCCCGUGGGCGAGUUCGCCUGCGCGCCGCGGGUGUCCGCGGACCAGCCGGGCAUCUCCGGCAAGGCCGUGUCCAGCUUCACCCGCCUGCACACCGCCGGCCGCGGCACCAUAACCAUCAUAAGGACGCGGGGCUAGCUCGCGCGAGUGCCGCCGCUGCUGCUGAUGGUGACGACGUAGAUUAGCUAGCCUGGCUAAGUGACUGGACCUCCGAGUUGCGAUGCCGUGUAAAUUAUAUGAUGAGUAACCUGUAAAUCGAACGAAUAAAAAUCUGCUAAUGUAUCUUCAGUUCUUUUUCUCC